AUGGCCGUCGGAAAGAACAAGAGGAUUUCGAAGGGAAAGAAGGGAGGGAAGAAGAAAGCGGCUGACCCUUUUGCUAAGAAGGACUGGUAUGAUAUCAAGGCGCCGUCAUUGUUUAACACCAAGAAUAUUGGGAAAACGCUAGUUACUCGAACUCAGGGUACUAAGAUUGCUUCUGAAGGACUCAAGCAUCGUGUAUUCGAGGUUUCACUGGCUGACCUUCAAGGUGAUGAGGAUCACGCAUUCAGGAAGAUUCGUUUGAGAGCUGAGGAUGUUCAGGGAAAGAAUGUUCUCACAAACUUCUGGGGCAUGGACUUUACUACAGACAAAUUGAGGUCUCUUGUCAGGAAAUGGCAGUCACUAAUUGAGGCUCAUGUUGAUGUCAAGACUACCGACAACUAUACUUUGAGGAUGUUCUGCAUUGCCUUCACCAAGAAGCGUGUCAACCAGCAAAAGAGAACAUGCUAUGCUCAGUCUAGCCAGAUCCGUCAAAUACGCCGGAAGAUGAGGGAAAUCAUGGUUAACCAGUCACAAUCAUGUGAUCUCAAGGAGUUGGUUCGGAAGUUUAUCCCUGAGUCGAUUGGCAAGGAGAUUGAGAAGGCAACUUCAAGCAUCUACCCUCUGCAGAAUGUAUUCAUCAGGAAGGUCAAGAUCUUGAAAGCUCCCAAGUUUGACCUCGGGAGGUUGAUGGAGGUUCAUGGUGAUACUAGUGAAGAGAUUGGUGUGAAGUUGGAUAGGCCAGCUGAUGAGCCGAUUGCUGAGCCGACUGAAGUUGUGGGUGCAUAA